AGGGUUUCAACGACGCUGAUGUAGCGGAAACGAACAGCAACAACAAAAUGAGAAUGCAGCGGCAGCGAUGUACCUUGAUACACGCAGACAGAGAGAAUCGUGAUAAAGAAAACGUGAUGCUGUGAAAAAACAAUUGGUAGAAGAUGACUCGGGGCAUUUUAACACUUCUCAUUUUUGUUUUGUGUAGUAUUUCCAACCAAACGUCUGGAAAUAUAACGUGUGAUGAUUGCGAAUACAAACCACUUUCACCUUUGGUUUUGUGCAAAAACUUACCAUUGGACUUUCUCAACUGCAGUGAACCCCUUGACUUAGGUGGAAAUGAAACCAAAAGGAAAGAAAUAGGAUAUGGUUGUACCAAAUAUGGGGGUGAGCGGUAUGAAGACGUACAGAAAACUGGAGUUGUGUGUGAUGUUUUGCCAGACAUUGAGUGCUUUGGUAACAGAACAUUCAUACAAGAUGGAUUUCCUUGUAUUAAGUAUAAUGGGCACUAUUUUGUGACAACACUGAUUUACUCUGUUCUUCUUGGAUUUCUUGGGAUGGACAGAUUCUGUUUGGGUCACACAGGUACAGCUGUUGGGAAACUUCUGACACUAGGUGGUGUUGGUAUCUGGUGGAUUGUUGACAUCAUACUCUUGGUCAAUGGAAUACUUUUACCAGAAGAUGGGAGCAACUGGGUCCCCUAUUACUGACAAACAUCUCAGUGACUAUGUCUGGACUCAAUGACUCAAUGUAAAGUGAUUACAGAUUGACAAUUAAAUAGCCUGUUCCAGCAAUAAGGAAAUUCCAGAAUUAAUUUACAUGGAUGUGACAAUCAAGACAACCAGGAUUACAAAUUUCAAAAUAUAUACCCCUGUCUCAUGAUCAUCACAUUCCCAUAGCUAAUUAUAUAUUUAAGACAACAUACAUCAGAUUGAGAAUAAUACAUCAUAUGUUUAUAUAUAUAGAAAAAAUUAAGAUUUAACGACCGACUAAAAAACUAGCUGCUUAUAGAGAAAAAAAAGAUUUAAUGAAGACUGUUGUUUACAUGUUUCGACUCAACCAAAGUUCGAUAACCAAAAUUAGUUGCCAGUAAUUUACGGAGUUAUGGCCCUUUAUAGAACUGCCGAAACAGUUUGCGCUCACUAGCUUCAGUACUUUUCAAUGGAUUCAUUUCAAACUUCAUAGGAAGGUUCUUUUCUAUGAAAGCUUGCACAAGUUUGAUAACCAUUAUCCGCCUGUUAUUAAGGGAGUUAUGGCCCUUUAUAGAAUUGACGAAAUACUUUCAGCUCAAUAACUUUUGAAUGGAUUCAUUUCAAACUUCAGCUAUAACUAAAGGACUUACAGCCUUUUGUAGAAUUUGUAGAACACAAUUUCUGUGCAAUAUUUUAUGCACUUAUGGCCCUUUGUGGCAAACUGCUCAUUUGACAUCUGACGGGCGUAUUAUGUACCGCUUCCCGGAACUCUUGUUUUAUAUAUAUUUAUAUAUACAUUUAAAUUUGCAUAUUAAAAUAGGUUGCAUUGUA